AUGAUUGAUCGUAUUAAAAUUAAUACUUUAAUUAUUGUUGAUGUACAUGCUAGAGAUAUUGUUGAUUUCUUUGUUAAAGAUUCAAUAUUAGAUGCUAAAGAAUUUGAAUGGGAAUCUUAAUUAAGAUUUUAUUGGGUAUUGGAAGAUAAUGACAUAAGAAUUAGAUAAUGUACAGGUACUUUUACAUAUGGAUAUGAAUAUCAAGGAUUGAAUGGAAGAUUAGUUAUUACUCCAUUAACAGAUAGAUGUGUUAUGACAUUGACAACUGCAUUAACAUUUAAAUUAGGAGGAGCCCCUGCUGGACCUGCAGGUACUGGUAAAACUGAAACAGUUAAAGAUCUUGCAAAGUCUUUAGCUAUAAGAUGUUGUGUAACAAAUUGUGGUGAAGGUUUAGAUUACAAAGCUAUGGGUGUUAUUUUUAGUGGUCUAGUAUAAACAGGAUUUUGGGGAUGUUUUGAUGAAUUUAAUAGAAUUACAGCUGAAGUUUUGAGUGUCGUAAGUGUUUAAAUCAAGACAAUACAAUAAGCUUUAGUGUAAGAUAAAAAGACAAUAGAAUUAUUGAAGAAAGAAGUGCAAGUUAAAACAACAGUAGGAAUAUUUGUAACAAUGAAUCCAGGUUAUGCUGGUAGAACUGAAUUACCUGAUAAUUUAAAGGCUCUUUUUAGACCAGUUGUUAUGGUUGUACCUGAUUCUAAUAUUAUUUGUGAGAUUAUGUUGAUGAGUUAGGGAUUCAAUUCAGCCAGAGUUUUAGCUAAAAAGAUGACAGUUUUAUAUAAAUUGGGUAGUGAAUAAUUGAGUAAACAAUACCAUUAUGAUUUUGGUUUGAGAGCAUUAAAGAGUGUGUUAGUUAUGGCAGGUUCUCUUAAAAGAGAGGCAGCUGAUCUACCUGAAGAUACUGUACUAAUGAGAGCACUUAGAGAUAUGAAUAUGCCUAAAUUCAUAUUUGAAGAUGUUCCAUUAUUUUAAGGAUUGAUUACUGAUUUAUUCCCUAAAAUUGAUGUUAAGAGAAAACCAUAUGAAAAGAAAGAUAAAAUCUAAGAGAUUGUUGAACAAUUAGGAUAUCGACCAUUAGAUGAUUAAAUUGAUAAAGUUGUUUAAUUAUAUGAAACUAUGUUGACUAGACAUACAACAAUGGUUGUAGGACCAACUGGAUCAGGAAAGUCAGCUGUUAUAGAAAUCUUAAAAAGAGUAGAAAGUGCUACCUAUUAUUGUAUUAAUCCUAAAUCUAUAACUGUUAAUGAAUUAUAUGGUGUAAUGGAAAUGACAACUAGAGAAUGGAAAGAUGGUAUAUUAAGUAAGGUUUUCCGUAUUGCAAAUGAAAAACCAUCUGGUUAAUAAGAAGUGCAUUAAAGAUGGAUUUUAUUAGAUGGUGAUGUUGAUGCUGUUUGGGUUGAAAAUAUGAACUCUGUUAUGGAUGAUAACAAAUUAUUAACUCUUAUAAAUGGUGAUCGUAUACGUCUAGAGAGAUUUUGUAAAUUAUUAUUUGAAGUAUUUGAUCUUUAAUAUGCUUCACCUGCUACUAUUAGUAGAUGUGGUAUGGUUUAUGUAGAUCCAAAAAAUUUAGGAUAUAAACCAUUUUAUGAUAAAUGGUUGUCAAAAUGGUAAAAGAAAGGAGAUAAAGCAGAAGGUCUGAAAUAAAACUUAGAAGAAUUUUAUUCUAAGUACAUACCUCCAUUAAUGAAUCUUAUUUUUGAAGGUAUUGAUGGAGAAGAACAAGGACAUGUAUUAGAAUUUUCUAUUCCAAGAACCAAUUUAAAUUGCAUAACUUAAUUGACUAAAAUGUUAGACACAAUAAUUAAUGAAGAAGAUCCUUAAUUUGAAUAAGAAAAUCUUGAAUUAGCUUAUAUCUUUGCAAUAGUUUGGUCACUUGGUGCUUGCUUAAAAUUUGAAGCUCGUAAGAAAUUCGAAGAAGUAUUAAGAAGAGUUGCAUAAAGACAUAUUCCACCUGGUUCAUUGUUCGAUCUUUUUUUCGAUUAUACUUUAGAUAAUAAAGCUUGGGUUGCUUGGGAAAAGAAAGUGACAGAAUAUUAACCACCUGCUGAUGGAAAGUUCUCUAAAAUCCUAGUUCCAACUGUUGAUACUAAAAGAUUUUCAUAUCUUUUAGGAUAAAAUGUCACUCACAAAUAACCUUGUAUGUUUGUUGGAGAUAGUGGUACUGCUAAAUCAGUCAUUAUAUCAAAUUAUUUAAAUUCCUUACCAUCAGAAAAUUAUAUGAAAUUAAAUAUUAACUUUUCAUCAAGAACAAAAUCAAUAGAUGUUUAAACUGCAUUAGAUGAAAAUAUUGAUAAGAGAUCAGGUCGUAUUUUUGGACCAAAAAUUUCAGGUAAAAAAUUAAUCAUUUUUAUUGAUGAUAUCCAUAUGCCUAANAUUAGAUGAUUAAAUUGAUAAAGUUGUUUAAUUAUAUGAAACUAUGUUGACUAGACAUACAACAAUGGUUGUAGGACCAACUGGAUCAGGAAAGUCAGCUGUUAUAGAAAUCUUAAAAAGAGUAGAAAGUGCUACCUAUUAUUGUAUUAAUCCUAAAUCUAUAACUGUUAAUGAAUUAUAUGGUGUAAUGGAAAUGACAACUAGAGAAUGGAAAGAUGGUAUAUUAAGUAAGGUUUUCCGUAUUGCAAAUGAAAAACCAUCUGGUUAAUAAGAAGUGCAUUAAAGAUGGAUUUUAUUAGAUGGUGAUGUUGAUGCUGUUUGGGUUGAAAAUAUGAACUCUGUUAUGGAUGAUAACAAAUUAUUAACUCUUAUAAAUGGUGAUCGUAUACGUCUAGAGAGAUUUUGUAAAUUAUUAUUUGAAGUAUUUGAUCUUUAAUAUGCUUCACCUGCUACUAUUAGUAGAUGUGGUAUGGUUUAUGUAGAUCCAAAAAAUUUAGGAUAUAAACCAUUUUAUGAUAAAUGGUUGUCAAAAUGGUAAAAGAAAGGAGAUAAAGCAGAAGGUCUGAAAUAAAACUUAGAAGAAUUUUAUUCUAAGUACAUACCUCCAUUAAUGAAUCUUAUUUUUGAAGGUAUUGAUGGAGAAGAACAAGGACAUGUAUUAGAAUUUUCUAUUCCAAGAACCAAUUUAAAUUGCAUAACUUAAUUGACUAAAAUGUUAGACACAAUAAUUAAUGAAGAAGAUCCUUAAUUUGAAUAAGAAAAUCUUGAAUUAGCUUAUAUCUUUGCAAUAGUUUGGUCACUUGGUGCUUGCUUAAAAUUUGAAGCUCGUAAGAAAUUCGAAGAAGUAUUAAGAAGAGUUGCAUAAAGACAUAUUCCACCUGGUUCAUUGUUCGAUCUUUUUUUCGAUUAUACUUUAGAUAAUAAAGCUUGGGUUGCUUGGGAAAAGAAAGUGACAGAAUAUUAACCACCUGCUGAUGGAAAGUUCUCUAAAAUCCUAGUUCCAACUGUUGAUACUAAAAGAUUUUCAUAUCUUUUAGGAUAAAAUGUCACUCACAAAUAACCUUGUAUGUUUGUUGGAGAUAGUGGUACUGCUAAAUCAGUCAUUAUAUCAAAUUAUUUAAAUUCCUUACCAUCAGAAAAUUAUAUGAAAUUAAAUAUUAACUUUUCAUCAAGAACAAAAUCAAUAGAUGUUUAAACUGCAUUAGAUGAAAAUAUUGAUAAGAGAUCAGGUCGUAUUUUUGGACCAAAAAUUUCAGGUAAAAAAUUAAUCAUUUUUAUUGAUGAUAUCCAUAUGCCUAAAGUUGAUAUUUAUGGUACAUAAUAACCUAUAGCUUGGUUGAAAUUUUUGAUUGAAAAAGGAUUUUGUUAUGAAAGAGGUCAAAAUCUAGAUCAAAAAAUUAUUAAAGACACUUAAUUUGUUGCAGCUGUUUUACCACCAAAUGUUGGUGCUAAUCCACUUGAUCCAAGAUUUUUGAGUCUUUUUAAUUGUUAUCAAUUACUAUUUCCAUCAAAUGAAAAUUUAGAGAGAAUUUAUAAUUCAAUUUUGAAGUCACAUUUAUAAGGAUUCCCUGAAGAAGUAUCAUCUACAGUUUCUAAAAUAACUUAAGCUACAUUACAAAUAUAUAGUGCUAUUGUAAUCUAAUUACCACGUACUCCAGUUAAAUUCCAUUACAUUUUCAACUUAAGAGAUUUAAGCAGAAUUUAUGAAGGAUUAUGUAGAAGUACACUUGACAAAUUCUAAACUAAAGAAUCUUUUAUUAGAUUAUGGAGAAAUGAAUUAACUCGUGUCUUUGUGGAUCGUCUAAUUAAUGAUUAAGAUAGAGAAUUAAUUAUUGUAGAUAAGAUUCCAAGUCUCAUUAGAGAACACUUUAGUGAUACAUUAGAAUAUGCAAUAUAGGAUCCAAUGCUUUUUGGUGAUUAUUUAACAGCUAAUCCACUUGAUCCAGAUGUAGUUGAUCCUAAAUUAUAUGAAGAUUGUGGAGGAUUUGAAAAAGUUGGUUAAAAAUUCAACUCUUUGUUAUAAGAUUACAAUGAAGAAGUAAAGGAAAUGAAUCUUGUAUUAUUUAAAGAUGCAUUAGAACACUUAACCAAAAUUCAUAGAAUAAUAAGAUUCCCAUUAGGACAUGCAUUACUUGUUGGUUAUGGAGGUAGUGGUAAAUAAUCUUUGACUAGAUUAAGUGCAUUUACUGCUAGUUAUGAUAUUUUCUAAAUUACUUUAACAAGAGGAUAUAAAGAAAAAGAAUUUAGAGAGGACUUGAAGACAUUAUAUGAUCUUUUGACAUAGAAACCUACAAUUUUCUUGUUUACUGAUGCUCAUGUAUUAGAAGAAGGUUUCUUAGAAUUGAUUAAUAAUAUGCUUACAAUAGGAAUGGUACCAGCUCUUUUUGAUGAAGAUGGCAAAAAGAAAAUGAGUGAUAAGGUGAGAGAUGAAGCAAAAAGAAAAGGUAUUUUAGAAACCAAAGAUGAAUUGUGGAAUUAUUUCCUUGAAAAAAUUAGAGAUAAUAUGCAUAUUGUUUUGUGUAUGAGUCCAGCUGGAGAUACUUUGAGAAUUAGAUGUCGUAAUUUCCCAGGCUUAGUUAGUAAUACUUAAAUUAAUUGGUUCUUCCCUUGGCCUGAAGAGGCUUUGGUAAGUGUGGCUACUGAGUAUUUGAAAGAUGAAAACUUAGAAGAUGAAACAUUCAGACCUAAGAUUAUUUAACAUAUCACUAAAGUUCAUGAGAGUAUCUAAAUGUUUUCAAGAGAUUUUGAAUUAUAAUUAAGAAGAAAAAAUUUUAGCACACCUAAAAAUUAUUUGGAUUUCUUAUAAAAUUAUAAACGUUUAUUGGCUGUUAAUAGAAAGAAAUAUUAGGAACUUAUAGUGAGAUAUACAAAUGGUGUUUUAAAGUUGGAUGAAGCAUCUGAAUAAGUGAAAGUUUUGUAAGAAGAAUUAGAAAUUAAAAAAGUAGAAGUAACAAAUGAAAGUAAAGAAGUUGAGGAAUUGCUCAAAAUUAUUAAUGCCAAAAAAGAGAUAGCAACAAAGGAUAACGAAGAAGCUUCACAAAAGAAAAAACAAUUAGAAAAGGACAGUGUAGAAAUCAAUUAGAAACAAUUGGAAGCUGAUUAAUUUCUUAAAGAUGCCAUUCCCAUUUUAGAUGCUGCUAAGGAUGCUCUUAAUAAGAUUGAUUAAAAAGAAUUGGUUGAAUUGAAAGCAUUGAAUUCACCACCUAAACCAGUUGGUGCAGUUGCAUCAAUGUUACUUCUAUUCAAACCAAUAGAUGGUAUUGAAGGAGAUGGUUGGAAUGCUGCUAGAUAAAUGAUGAAUAAUCCAAUGAAAUUAUUGGAAUAAUUAUAGAAUUAUGGUAAUAAAAUUGGAAAGGUGACUAAAAAUUAGAUUGAAAAAAUUAAAAGUGCUAUGAAAGAUCCAGAAAAUCGUUUAGAUGAAAUUUAUAAGAUUUCAAAAGCUGCAGGUGGUCUAUAUACAUGGGUAUCAGCUACAGUUAAUUUUUAUGAUGUAUAUAAGAAAGUGGAACCACUUAAAGUACGUUUAGACUAGAUGAACAAGUAGAAGGAGUUGACAGAAGAAGAUUUAAGAAAUACUGCUAUAAAAUUGGCUGCUUUAUAAAAAGAAGUGUCUGAAUUAUAAGUUUAGAGUGAUCAAAAAGCUGCAAGAUUAGCUGAAUUGACAGCACAAGCAUAGGAAAUGUAGAAGAAAUUGAAUGCUGCAAAGAAAUUGAUUGAAGGUUUAGGAGGUGAAAAGAAAAGAUGGACAGAAGACACUGGUAAAUUGGCAUAAAUGACAUUAUAAUUAAUUGGUGAUUGUUUAAUUGCCAGUUCUUUUCUAAGUUAUGUAGGACCAUUUGACUAUUCAUUUAGAAGAAGAAUGCUUUAUGAUCAUUGGAUGGUUGAUAUUAAGGAAAAGGAAUUACCAAUAAAUCCAGAAUUUAAAUUUGAGGAGCUAUUAAGCAGUGCAGUAGAAAUAUCUCAAUGGAAUUCGGAAGGAUUACCAUCUGAUGAAUUAUCAGUUUAAAAUGGUAUACUCACAACUAGAGCUUCAAGAUGGCCUUUAUGUAUUGAUCCACAACUAUAGGCAGUUAAUUGGAUCAAAAAAAGAGAAGAAAAAGAUAUAGCUUUCAAAGUUUUGAAUUUAAAUGAAGGAGCAGGUGUGUUUUUGAAACCUUUAGAAAAUUGCAUUAGAUUUGGAAAACCAUUUUUAUUUGAAAAUGUAGAUGAAGAAUUAGAUCCAACUAUAGAUCCAAUUUUAGAAAAGAAUUUCAUAAUCAAGGCAGGCAUGAAGAGUAUCAAAUUGGGUGAAAAUAUUAUUGACUAUAAUGAUGAUUUUAGAUUGUAUUUCACAACCAAAUUAGCUAAUCCUAAAUAUACACCAGAGAUUAUGUCAAAGACUAUGGUUAUUAAUUAUACAGUCACAUUAACUGGAUUGAGAGAUUAAUUAUUAAAUGUUGUUGUUUCAUUCGAAAGACCAGAUAAAGAGAAAUAAAGAUUAGAACUCAUUUAGAGUAUGAGUGAAAAUAAGAAAAAGUUGAAAGAAGCAGAAGAUGAUUUAUUAUAAAGAUUGUCAGAAGCUUAAGGUUCAUUGUUAGAUAAUGUAUAGUUGAUAAAUACAUUAGAUUAAACAAAAGCAAAAUCAGAAGAGAUUUAAUAAGCAAUUAAUGAUGGAUAAAUUACAAGUUAAGAAAUUGAAUAAGCAAGAUAAAGUUAUACAACAGUAGCUAAAAGAGGAGCUAUAUUAUUCUUUGCAAUGAGUUCAUUAAGUUCAAUUUCUGAAAUGUAUGAAUACUCAUUAAGUGCAUAUUUAUAAGUAUUCAAUCAAUCUUUAAGAGAUGCUAGAAAAGAUACUAUCUUAGAAUCAAGAUUGAGAAAUAUUAUUGAUAAAUUAACAAGUAAUGUUUAUGAUUAUACUUGUUUGGGUAUAUUUGAAAUUCAUAAAUUAAUGUUUGCCUUCUAAAUGACUAUUAUGAUAUAAGAUGGUGAAAAAUUAUUAAAUCAUGAAGAAUUAGAUUUCUUCUUGAAAGGAAAUACUUCACUUGAAUAAGUUUAGAGAUAGAAACCUUAUGAAUGGGUACCUGAUUCAGGUUGGAAAGAUAUUAUGAGAUUGAUGUAAUUGGCUGAUACCUAUAGAUUAUUAGCAGAUGAUUUAGAAAAGCAUGGUAAAGAAUGGAAAAAAUGGUAUGAUCAUGAAAGACCAGAAUUAGAAACAUUACCUGAAGGAUAUACUAAAUUAAAUUCAUUCUAAAUCUUAUUAUUAUUAAGAGUCUUCAGACCUGAUCGUGUAAUUAAUGGAGUCAAAAAAUAUAUUCAAGAUAUUUAUGGAAAUUCCAAUUAUGUACAACCACCAAUUAUUAAUUAUGAAAAAAUAUUUGAUUAAUCCAAUGAAAAAUCACCUAUUGUAUUUAUUCUCUCACCAGGAGCUGAUCCAUUACCAGAUGUUAUAAAGUUAGGUGACUCAAAAGGAUUUACAGGAGCUAAAUUCAGAAAUCUAUCUCUUGGAUAAGGUAGUGAAUAAGAAGCAUCAUAAUUUGUUGAAGCUGCCUCAUAAAGAGGACAUUGGUUAAUGUUAGCAAAUUGUCAUUUACUCACAGGAUGGUUGAAAAGUUAUUUAGAAAAGACUUUGGAAUUAAUGCAAAAACCACAUAAAGAUUUUAGAUUAUGGUUAACAACAUAACCUACAGAUAGGUUUCCUUUGGGUAUUUUACAAAAGUCACUUAAAGUAGUUACAGAACCACCUGAUGGAUUGAAAUUAAACAUGAAAGCUAUCAUGAGUAAAAUAGAUGAAAAUUCAUUGAAUUCUUGUCCUCAUGUAGCUUAUAAAACAUUAGUUUAUGUAGUAUCAUUUUUCCAUUCUAUUAUUUUGGAUAGAAGAAAGUAUGGUAAAAUUGGAUGGAAUGUUAGUUAUGAUUUUAAUGAAUCAGAUUUCAAUAUUAGUAGCAGUUUAUUAUCAAUGUAUUUGAGGAAGGCUUUUGAUGCAAAAGAUGAAACAAUUCCUUGGAAUUCACUUAAAUAUCUUAUUGGAGAAGCUAUGUAUGGAGGUAGAGUGACAGAUUCAUAUGAUAGAAGAGUAUUGAUUACAUAUUUAGAUGAAUAUAUGGGAGAUUUCCUCUUUGAUAAAAAUAGAGAAUUCCUCUUUGCUUAAAGUGAAGAUUUUAAAUAUGAAAUACCUAAAAUACUUAAUCAUGAAGGAUUCCAAACAAUGAUUGAUCAUUUACCUCUUAUAAAUUCUCCAGUUGUCUUUGGUUUACAUCCAAAUGCAGAAAUCACUUAUUUCACCAAUAGUGCAAAGUCUAUUUGGGAUAAUCUUUUAUAAUUAAGAGCAUCUGGAGGUGCAGUUUCAGGAGGUAUUGACAAAGAUAAAUAUGUUAAUGAUGUGAGUGAAGAUGUCUUAUCUAAAUUACCUGUCAUUUGGGAUGUCAUUGCUUUAAGAAAAGAAGCAGGAGAAAUCAUAUCUCCAACAUAAGUUGUCUUAUUCUAAGAACUUGAAAGAUUCAACAAAUUAAUAAUAAAAAUAAAUGAGUCACUUUUUAAUCUUAAACGUGCAUUAAAAGGUGAGAUUGGUAUGAGUAGUGAUCUAGAUGAGUUAUCAUUAGCCUUAUAUAAUGGAUUCUUACCUGGUAUGUGGAGAAGACUUGCACCAUAAACAGAAAAGAAACUAGGAUCUUGGAUGAAUCAUUUCAAGAGAAGAGUUUAAUAAUAUACAUAUUGGGCAAGCAAAGAAGAGCCUUAUGUUAUGUGGUUGUCUGGUCUUCAUAUUCCAGAAAGUUAUCUCACUGCUUUGAUUCAAACUACAUGCAGAGCUAAAACUUGGGCUCUAGAUAAAAGUAGACUAUAUACUUAAGUCACCAAGAAAUUCAAGGCUAAAGAUAUCAAUCAAAGAAUGGAAUUUGGAUGUUAUAUAGAAGGUUUAUACUUGGAAGGAGCAAGAUGGGAUGUUGAGAAUAAUUGUCUUAAAAAAUAGAAUCCCAAAGAAUUGAUUUAUGAGAUGCCUUUAAUUCAAGUUAUUCCUGUUGAAGCAAAUAAAUUAAAAUUGAAAGGUAAUUUAUUAAUUUUAUACUUUUUAGAUACUUUAGCUACACCAGUAUAUGUUACUUAAUCAAGACGUAAUGCUAUGGGAGUAGGACUUGUUUUUGAAGCUGAUUUAAGAACUCAAGAACAUACUAGUCAUUGGAUUCUUUAAGGAGUAGCCAUGACAUUAAAUGUUGAUUAUUGAAGUUUACAUAUCACAAAAAU